AUGCAAAGCUCAACAAGCACAGAUCAGCAUGUGCUACACCACAUGGAUCCUCAUAGGUUUACAUCGCAAAUACCCACUGCAUCAUCAUCACAAUUAAGGAGAAGAAAUAGUACGAAUCAAGGUCUGACAAACAUGAUUAAUAAGAGUAUCGCCAGAAAUACAAUCGGUGGCACUGGCAUUCCCACAGGAAGCGUAAAUAAAAAGAAAUCAAGAAGCACAGUUACAGGCGGUACAAAUAGUACGGCAUUGGCCUUUAAUGAUAAACUGAAUAAUAGAAAUAGUAGCAACAGAUUAUCAAUAAACCAGAUUGGUAACUUGCAGCAGCACCUGAGUAAUAGGGAUCCGAGACCACUGAGGGACAAAAAUUUUCAAAGCGCCAUCCAAGAAGAAACUUAUGAUUAUUUGAAAAGAAAUAAGUUCGACAUUGAAACGAAUCACCCCAUUUCAAUAAAGUUUUUGAAACAGCCCACACAGAAGGGGUUUAUUAUCAUCUUUAAAUGGUUAUAUUCAAGACUUGACCCAGGUUAUGGCUUUACUAAGUCUAUCGAAAAUGAGAUCUAUCAAAUCUUAAAGAAUCUGCGUUAUCCAUUCCUAGAAUCGAUUAAUAAAUCACAAAUUUCCGCUGUAGGUGGCUCCAACUGGCAUAAAUUCCUUGGUAUGUUACACUGGUUAGUACGAACAAAUAUAAAACUGGAUCUGUGCUUAAACAAGGUGGAUCGUUCAUUAAUUAAUCAGAACACACAAGAAAUAACGAUUUUGAAUCAACCUUUAAAGACUUUGGAUGAACAGGACCAAAGACAGGAAAAAUACGAGCUCAUGGUGGAAAAACUACUAAUCGACUAUUUUACAGAAUCUUACAAAAGUUUUUUGAAUCUCGAGGAUAAUUACGAACCUUCGAUGCAAGAGUUAAAGCUAGGUUUUGAAAAAUUUGUCCACGUAAUCAAUACGGAUAUAUCAAAUCUACAAAACCAAAAUGAUACCCUUUACGAAAAAUAUCAAGAAGUUUUAAAAAUAAGUCAAAAGAUUAAAACGACAAGAGAAAAAUGGAAGGCUUUAAAAAGCGACUCCAAUAAAUAUGAAAAUUAUGUUAAUGCGAUGAAACAAAAGAGUCAGGAAUGGCCAAGUAAAUUAGAGAAGAUGAAAUCGGAAUGCAGCGUGAAAGAAGAAGACAUUAAAGCCUUACAAACUAAUAUUGACGAAUUGCACAAAAUCUUAAGGAAGAAGGGAAUUUCAACUGAGAAAUUCGAAUUAGAGAAUCAUGAAAGAGAAAAACUUACAAAAGAACUGGAUAAAAUAAAUCUUCAAUCCGAUAAAUUGACAAGUUCUAUCAAAUCUAGAAAGCUAGAAGCCGAGGGAAUAUUCAAAAGCUUAUUGGACACACUGAGGCAAUAUGAUUUAUCGAUACAAAAUUUAAUUAGAUCGCGUAAUCAAUUAGGACAUAAUGUAAAUGAUUCAUUUUUAAAAAUCAAUAUCCCUGAAAAUCUAUUGGAUAGAGAACUUCAUAGUAGCAUUUCGUACCAACAAUUAUUUCCAAACGGGUCCGGAAUCAACGAGUCUAUCAAGAAUUUCAUUCUCAAAUUAAACGAUGAAAUUCAAGAAAGAAUAAAAACCAUCGAAAAAGAUAAUGUAACUUUAGAAAAAGAUAUAAAAAACUUGAAGCAUGAUAUAAAUGAGAAAACUCAGGUAAACGAAAGGCUUGAAUUGGAGUUAUCUGAGGCAAAUUCCAAGUUUGAGCUUUCCAAACAAGAAGAUGAACGAUUAUUGGUUGCGCAAAGAAUUGAGAUUGAAAAAAUGGAGAAAAAAAUCAACGAUUCAAAUCUUUUAAUGAAGACUAAAGUUUCAGAUGCUGAAGAGAUGGUAACCUCCACAGAACUGAAAUUGGAAGAAUUAAAAGUCAAUUUAAAUAGAAAACGAUACAAGUUACAUCAACGAGUAAUACAUGUCAUUGAUGUAACAAGUAAAUUUAAAAUUAAUAUUCAAUCAUCAUUAGAAAAUUCCGAAAAUGACUUAGGAAACAUCAUCAAAGAGUUACAAAAUUUGGAGUUUGAUACCGAAAAUGACAGGACAAGGUAA